ACAAAACCGAAUUAGAUCUUAUCUUGCUAUAUUUACAACUGAAAACGGAGAUGUGAUUACGAGCUGGUGCGCGGCCAUUGCUUCCGCCAUUCUCCUCUUCAUAUCUCUUCGUGUUAGGGUUUUCGAAGUUUGACUUUCCCUUCGUUUUUUCUCACUCACUACAUUUCUUCAUGGACACACUGUUCUUCGUGAGAAGCUGAAGAUGACGAGGAAAACGAGUAACUGUGCCAUAUGCGAUAAUUCGAAUCAAGCUUCUAUUUGUUUUAUCUGUGUUAACUACAGGUUGAAUGAGUAUAAUACUUCCUUGAAGUCGCUGAAAGACCGUCGAGAUUCUUUGUACUCAAAAUUAAGCGAUGUUCUUGUCCGCAAGGGAAAGGGAGAUGACCAAGUGAAUUGGAGAGUGCUUCAAAAUGAAAAGCUUGCAAGGUUGAAGGAGAAACUUCGUCGCAGUAACGAACAAGUUACUCAAGGAAGAGCUAAGAUAGAGACUGUGUCUGCUGAUCUGAAACUUAAAUAUGGGUUACUUGAGUCUGCCCUUUCUACGUUGGAAAAAAAUCGAGUGGAACAACUUGAGAAGUUCUACCCAAAUCUUAUAUGCACCCAGAGCCUAGGGCAUGUGGCAAUUACCUCUGAGCGUCUCCAUAAGCAGUCUGUGGUGAUAAAACAGAUAUGCAAGUUGUUUCCACAACGUCGGGUGGCCGUAGAGGGAGAGAUAAGGGAUGGUCGUCGUGGUCAAUACGAUCAAAUUUGCAAUUCACGAUUACCCAAAGCACUUGAUCCCCACUCUGUUCCAUCAGAAGAGCUUUCCGCUUCUUUGGGAUACAUGGUGCAACUUUUAAAUCUUGUUGUUCACAACUUGGCUGCCCCCGCACUUCAUAACUCAGGGUUUGCGGGUUCUUGCUCUCGAAUAUGGCAACGAGAUUCUUAUUGGGAUGCACGUCCAUCCUCAAGGAGCAAUGAAUAUCCCCUUUUCAUACCUCGACAAAAUUAUUGCUCUACUGCUGGAGAAAACUCAUGGUCUACUGAUAAAAGCUCAAGCAAUUUCGGAGUUGCUUCAAUGGAAUCUGAGAAGAGAAAUCGCCCAGAUUCAUCUGGGAAUAGUAACUUUAACUAUUCUUUAGCUUCUUCGCAUUCUGUUCAAACACAUAAAGAUUUGCAGAAAGGGAUUUCACUUUUAAAGAAAAGUGUUGCAUGCAUCACAGCUUACUGUUACAACUCCCUAUGUUUGGAUGCUCCAUCAGAGGGAUCAACGUUUGAGUCAUUUGCCAAGUUAUUGGCUACACUAUCAUCAUCGAAGGAAGUUCGAUCUGUUUUUUCCUUGAAAAUGGCUCAAUCUAGGACAUGCAAGCAAGUUCAACAAUUAAACAAAUCUGUAUGGAGUAUGAAUUCUGCUAUUUCAUCAACCACUUUACUGGAAAGUGCACACUCUGUGCCCACAACGAGAAUUGAAAAUUAUCUGCCAAGCUCUACUGCUAGUUAUCUUUACGCCACUGAUUUAUCUGACGGCAAAAAUGAGUGCCUUAUUGAAGGGUGGGAUAUUGUUGAGCAUCCCACUUUUCCACCCCCACCAUCGCAAAGCGAGGAUGUUGAGCACUGGACUCGAGCCAUGUUCAUAGAUGCUAAAAGAAAGUGAUCUUCAUCUGCAACAGACUUAUGGAUUCUGUUGAAGGGAAUGAUUUCACUCUUGUCAGGUAGCAUGGUGUGAAAGGCCAUAUAAGAUUCUUGAGGAUUAAUUUGUAAACUAAUUGGAAUAUUUUAGUUGCCCUCUUGUUUGUAAAUAUGCAUUAUUAUAGACUAAUGAUAAUUAUGUAAAUAUAUAGGCAAGGUUUAUUAAUUUCGCCAAAAUCUGAUCAAUAAUAACUGAUUCACUAUUAUAGUCAAUCAUUAUGAUUUCA